AUUAAUGCUAAGGCCACACCAAAAAGUGUUGUCGCAGAUAGCGCUUUCAAAUCGAUGAUGGCAACUCCCUGGCGUUGUGCGACACUCGAAUCAAGAAAGAACAAAAUAAAACCGUCGAUGUCACUAACACAACAAAAGCCUGAUGUCAGCGAAGCAGCUGACUUCAGCAAGAAAAUGACUUUGCAGGAAAAGCUAGACUUCAUUGACGGAGAAAUUCGAAAAAUUCACGUGUUUUGCACCAAGUCGGGAUACAGCGCAACCCAGAUUGAGCAGUUCGCUAAGCCAUUUUUUGAAAAAGAAAACAACAGCAUAUGCUCUACAAUUUGGGUGAGCGGUAAGGCAUGGAAAAGACGAGUGGUGGCUCUGAUAACGAUGGUUGUAGCUACCGUGUUCUUGUUUCGAUAUGACCCGGCGUAUCAACUUGCAAGCGCCCUUAGCAAGCAAGGUGCUAUCCAGAUUCUCCCUUUAUGGGACUGGACCCAAAUAUAUCAUUCCAGAUGUUGGUUUGAGAAUCCUCUGUAUACUCCAAGUGGCCUGCAGUUGUCAGAUUGCGAGGUUUGUGAGGCUUUCGAUGCAAUAACAAAAAUUAAGGAUGUGACCGGUGAGCAUUUAUUUGAGGAAUACAUCCACACAGAUCUUCCGGUCAUUAUCAAAGAUGGAGCCAAAGAUUGGCUGGAGACCAAAAAUAUUUCCAUUCGUACACUUGCAGAGAUGUAUCAAGGAAAUCUAGGACAGUAUGAAAGUUGUCAUUGGUCUAGCAAUUUGAAAAACUUAGAUCACAGACAGCUGUUGAAAAUGUUUAUGAACAAGAAAAUCGAUAAGUUUUACGCACAAUGGCAAAACUGUCAUCACUCUGCAGCCAAGACAUUUCGGGCUCUUUAUCAAAGGCCAUACUUUUUACCACCUUCAGUGGCGCUGUUACCUACCAGUUGGAUCUCAGUAUCCUCCAACUACAGCAGCAAACUUUUUAAACAGGUUGAUAUGUCCUAUGAGCUAGUAUUGUACAUCCAAGUCAAAGGUCAAAGCCUUGUUAGACUGCAGCUGGAAGAUGCCUGCUAUGACAUAUGCACUUCAUUUGAGGAAAUUUUGCAAGAGGGAGAAAUAUUGAUUACAACCAACUAUCUCUGGAAACUGUUAUACAAGCCAGGAGUUAGGGAUGAAAACAUUGCUGUCGUAUUGGCUGGACGUGUGGACCACUGAGCACUACACAUAAUCUUGUAUAAAUGCAGCGUUACUUCAACAGCUUAGAUGACAUCAAUGACUAAAACAAAGACAUUGUGGACUACAGUUCAAGCUGUUAAGGGCAAUCUCUAUUAGAAUUAGUUUUUUGAAAUGGUUUAUGAAUUCCAUUUGACAUGUUGCUUACUCUUGAUUGUAUAAUAUUGUAAGAUGUGGUUGCUUUGUGAAGAAAGUCAAGCCGAGAUAUGGAUGUUUUCUGAUCAAGUUUUUUUUAAGGGUCAGCAAGGUACGAAUUUAACUAUCUGAAACAUUCUACUUAUAUACUGUAACUAUGAUUGAGUGACUUGACUGAUUUGAAAUAUUAAUUGAACAUGUGAAACAUUUAGUUCGAAACCUAUCUCAUAAGUACACCUACAGUGGCCAAACUGGCAUUGUAAGGGAAGAAAUUCUCCCCUCCCCCCCCCCCCCUCCAGUGAUCUUUAGUGAAUAACUUUUAUUCCUUUCUAUAUUAUUGUGUUUUUCUUUUUUUUUUUAUGUGAAACUUCAGUUUGUCUUUUUUUUAUUGUUUAUUCAUAUGGUUAUAUAAAAAAAAGAAUAAAUGUUUGACUUUUUUUUUUUUUUUGGUUGAGUUGUACUAACAAAAUUACCAUGAAAAUAAAAUAAAAAAUAAGACAUUU